GUUGGUUUGGUUCCUUGCGAGAGACUAUUUAUGGACCCCGUCGCGUGCUUCUUCUUCAACCAGGCGAAGAAUUGAAGAGAGAUUGUAGAGUGAGAAAGUGUGGAAGGGUUUCGAUAGAGGAGACAUGCUCCAACUCAACCGACAAUUCUAUUACUCUUUGCUUCUUUCUUCAUGCAUCACCAGAUCCCAUAGGGUAUGAUUGAAGGUUUUGAGAAUUAAGGCUGCAAUACUGUACACAUUCUACACAAGGAAUGAUCUAGGAAUUUGCUAUGUUGAAGGUUAAAUGAAGUCGCUCUUCUUUUCAAAUCCUCCUGACACUAUGUACAAUUAUUCACAAGUUGAUUGCAGUGAUUCAAUGGCUCGUACUCCUUAUCCUUGUGGUGAUCCUUAUUUUGGUAGUUCAUUUGUUGCUUAUGGACCACAGGCUAUUAAUCAACCCCAAAUUUUACCCCAGAUGCUGGGAUUAGCAUCCACCAGAAUUGCAUUACCAGUUGAGCUUGCAGAAGAUGGGCCCAUUUAUGUCAAUGCAAAACAAUACCAUGGUAUACUGAGAAGGCGACAGUCACGAGCAAAGCUUGAGGCUCAAAACAAACUCAUCAAAAGUCGUAAGCCAUAUCUUCACGAGUCUCGGCACCGCCACGCAUUGAAAAGGGUUAGGGGGUCUGGGGGACGCUUUCUUAGUGCCAAACAGCUGCAACAGUCUAACACAGAACUUGCCACUAAUGCCCAUUCAGGUCCGGACCCUGUCAACUUUUAUCAGGAGAAAGAUGCAUCAGAGGUGGAAAGUCAUCCCUCAAGAACUGGAGAAAAUGCAUCUAUCACAGCCAUCUCUGGCUUAACAAGUAUGUCCAGUAACCGUGUCAAUUUCAGGCAGCCUGAGCACAACUUCUUGGGUAGCUCCCCAAACAUGGGUGGAUCAUCACAGUGGAAUGGGGGACUAACCUUUGGGGGUGGAGCUCGGCAAUGUGCUUCAGUUGGCCGGUGAGAGGUGGAACCAGUCAAAACAAGUUCACUGGUCUGGCAAAUCAUCCUUGGCUUAGUCACUUUGCUUUCUGUGUUUCAUCAUUCAUGUACGCUACAGAAAUGUUGUCUUUUGGAAGACUCUGCAUUAGCCCUCAGACCUUUGCUAGUGCUUUGCUUUGCCAUGUAUUUUAAAGUUUCUAUUGCUUCUGUUGUUGAACUGGACCAGAAAGUUUGUGCUUAAUUUAACCACUUUCUAUCCCACCGUGGAGGGUCCUUGCUUUGCCCAACCCAAUCUUCAAAACCCCUAUAAAACAAAAUGGAGAGAAGAAAAUGAAAAUUUGAACAGUACUGACAUCAAUAUGUUAUUGGAUGAAGUAAACACAAACUUUUAAAGUAAAUUUUUACCAUACCAACUCACACAUACAUAUCAUUUCCCUUGUCUUCGAGCGACAAUAGAGCUUUGGAGUAAUGUCUGAACUUGUCAGCAUCCAGAAUAUUAUGUUCCCCGAGGCACGAAUCAACGUAAGUUCCUAAUAACAGGCGAUUCUCUUUUCUCGCGUCUUGUCUGUAUCGCUCGGACAUUCUCAUGAAUUCGUUGGUUCUUUCUGUUUUCUCUUCCUCCUUCACUUGGGCAUCUUUGUAACUUGGUUUCUUUCUCAUUUAUUUUCGUUCUUCAUGCUUCAAUCAAUGAUAAGCUGAUAGCAAAUUAUUGUUGUUCCA